CCAGCCGUGAGUUUACUCAUCGAGUCAAGUCUGUAUCAAUGGCCAAGUUUACAUCCGAAGAAGUCGAAGCUCUCCAAAAUGGUGGAAAUCAGCGUGCAAGAGAAAUAUAUUUGAAGGAUUGGGACCUUCAGAGACAGCGAUUACUGGACAGCAGUGAUGCUGACAAAAUCCGGCAGUUCAUCAAGGAUGUAUAUGUGGAUAGAAGAUAUGCAGGAGGAAAACCAUCUGACAAGCCUCCAAGAGAUAUGCAGAAUCGCGGAGUUCGUGAAGAUGAGACAAGACGUGCAAGUUCUUAUCAUUCCUAUUCUCAAAGUCCACCUUAUGAUUAUCAGUAUGAGGAUAGACGGUAUGGAAAACAAGUAGCUGCACUUACAAGGAAACCUGGAUCAGAUCGGGGUGGGUAUGGAGGGAAGGUGUCUGGCUUUGUCUACAGUCCUGAUCGCCUCAGUGAACAAAUGUAUGACGACAGAUUUGCCAAUGAGGACUCUUUUUCUAGAGUUUCAGACUAUUCUGUAUCAAGUGGAGGUGAUCCAUUCAGAUCAGGUACACAGUCCCCUAAUUUUCAGAAGGAUAUUGGUUUCAGCAGUCCAACUUUUCAGCCUUCAAGGGGUGUUUCAAGUGAAGAUCUUAGGAGCCAAGCAAGAUUUCCAGAGAGAAGUAGGUCUGCUGGAAGCUUCGGCUCAAUUGAUAGCAACUUUAUGUCUCAGAAGUCAUUUAAUUCAGGAGGUUUUACAGAUGACGUCUUAAAGUCUGAACAAGCUGCUGACACUUUUCAAGAAAGAUCAUCCUUUCCUGGAUCGUCUGUUCCUGGACGUUCUGAUAGCUUGGAUCUUUUCAAGGCGCCAACCAUACCAAAGACGGUCUAUUCAGCAGCACCAGUUGAUCUGUUUAAGUUACCCGAAGCACCGUCCGCUUUAUCACCACCAUCACUAGUGUCCUCAGCUUCAUCUGCUAACGAAUUUCAGCCGACACAAACUUCUCCAACUUAUUUAGAAUGUUUUGCAGUUGCUGCUCAGCCAGAGUCAACUAAAAUCUCCAAUGAAAUAUUACGAGAAUUUUCUGUCCCCAAAAGUGAAGGAUGGGCAACAUUUGAUGUGCCUCAGCCCUCCACACCUAUCUCAAGCAACGAGAAAAUUAGCCCUACAGGCUUACCUUCUGGCAGUCGAGGGUCUGUAGGAAAGGUUGAUAUGUUUUCAUCCUUAGAUACAAGCAUGCAAUGGCCAUCAGUUCAAAAUUCUAGUUCAGAUGUCUCUUCAAAUAUAUCUAGUGCAUGGAAUGAUAGCUUGCUAGAUCUUAUAGCUCCUAAUGCUACAAGAACUCAGGAAUCAGAGCAGUUAUGGAAUGCUUUUGAAGACUCUCUGGGGCAACCACAUUUCGAGGAUAUUAAGCAGAAUGGUGCACUACUUGUAGGAACGGAUAAGGUUUCUUCAGCUGUUAAUCAGCAGUUGGGCUUAACAGCUUUUGAGAUCUCCAGUUCCAAUAGCAUGCAAAGGACUUCCUCCCACGGUGAACCUCCUGCUCCCGUUUCAUCAUCCCUUGUAAUGGGGCCAUCAUGUACUCCACCAAUGCUUCCUUUAAUGGGAGAAAUGGAAUCACAUUCAACUGAUCGCGAGUCAACUAACCCAUUUGAUAUUCCUUACGAUUCAGAACUGGAAGAAAACAACAUGUUUAUGGACAUGAGCUCCUUGCAAGCAGCUCUACCAAAUGACCAACUGUCUUCCAGCUUCCUUGGUGGUGUAUCUCAAUCUUGGUUCCCUCCAAAUUCAGUGACACCUUAUAUUCCAUCAGCUGGACAAGGUGGGGUAACAUAUCCGGCUCCGCAAGCGCCAAGCUCUCAAAUACCGAAUGCUCCAGCACAAGGGCCCGUUGCAUCUAUUGGAGGAAACCCUUUUGCAUAAGGACUAAUCUUAGGAUGAGAUUAGCGGUUCGUUCUAUAAAUUUUAGUUCUAUAAGUUUGCCGUGUAUGAUAACUUUCAGCCUGUCUGCAAGGCCAUGAACUUCUGUACUGUUUUUUUUUUUUGGUUGUACUUAUGUUUUACAUCUUUCGAGCAUAAUUUCUUACCUCUUUCUUUUUCCCGCUUUCCUUUUUGGCUGUAUCUUCGUUACAUCCAAGGAAAUACAUGCCGUUGGAAAAUCCAGUUUACAGGGAAGUACCAUGACCGUGAGCCUUCAUUUUUAUUUUUAG